AUGGCCCGAGCUCUGGUCCAUGGCUGGCGUAGAUCACAAAUCUUCCAGAAAAUUGCAUCAAGCUGCAGCUACAACAUUACCAAUAAGAGGGAGAAGGAACAUUUCAUCAAACCUAUUUCAUGUUUCUCUAUGAGUCAAUGUCGCGAUGCCCACAACACCUCGAACAAGUCCCGGAGUACCAACCCUCAAAUUCAAACACAAGGGCAGACAAAGCCAUAUUCGCCGUUCGAAUCCAAAAUUCUCAGACUCGUCCGGGAUGAGAUUCAGUACCAGUCGGAUUACGCCCCGCCCCACCAGCCUGUGGCAGAGUUCGAUAGAUUUAUGGUGGAAGAUCGACCUGGUGAGCAGUGGAUUACAUUGAGGGGCAAAUCUGCACAGGACGAGAAUAUUAAAAUUGAGGCUACAAUGUUUGAUGGCUCAGUCUUUGCUCCAAAAUCUGGUGGUGAAAGUACUGGAGGAGAAGUGCAGCUUCACAUUAGCUUGCUAGUUGAUAUUUGGAAGGGGGAACAAAAUGAGUUGAUGGAGUUUGUGUGCUCAGCCUGGUCAGAUGCUUUAGAAAUUCAAAAAGUUUACAUAUUCAAGCAUGGUGGAUUUCCAACUCGGCCUUACAUGGGACCAAACAUCAAGGAUAUGAGCACCAAGCUCCAGAAUGGAUUUUAUGAAUUCCUGAGGACAAGGGGAGUAAAUGAUGGCCUUUCUAAAUUUUUGCAUGAAUAUAUGAUGAACAAAGAUAGGAUUGAGCUUAUCCAGUGGUUGCAGAAACUCCAAUCUGUAAUUGAAAACUAG